UCUCCGGGUCGCACCAUGUUCCCGAUGAGCUCGCUCUGUAGGGGUGUACGCCUCCUCGUCCAGCAGCAUGCAGUCGCUCUGGAGUGCUGUUCGGUGCCGUGUACACGUGCGUCCUCGUCCUCAUCCUCGCUACACGUGCCUCCUCCUGCUUGCAUGCUGCGUCCGCUCGAGGUGCCGUUCCGCUACCUGUUCGGACCUGGACCGUCCAACGUGUCGCCCCGCGUGCUGUCCGCCGGAGGGAGACCCAUCAUCGGUCACCUGCACCCGGAAAUGUACAAGAUUAUGAACGAUAUCAAGGAAGGAAUCCGCUACGCCUUUCAGACCUCCAACCUCAUGACCCUGUCGAUGAGCGGCUCCGGUCACACGGCCAUGGAGUGCGCGGUGUUUAACGUGGUGGAGCCGGGAGAGAGCGUGCUGGUGUCCGUUAACGGCGUGUGGGGAGAACGCGUGGCCGAAAUCGCACAGAGAAUGGGAGCUGAAGUUCACACUCUGGUUAAACCCCCUGGUGGUCACUUCAGCAACGAAGAAAUCGAGAAGGAGAUUUCCAAACACAAACCUGUGCUGUUCUUCCUCACACACGGCGAGUCCUCAGCUGGUCUCGUUCACCCUGUCGACGGAAUCGGAGACAUCUGCCGCAAGUACAACUGCUUGUUCUUGGUGGAUUCGGUGGCGUCUCUGGGAGCUGCACCUCUUCUCAUGGAUCAACAGAAGAUCGAUAUUCUGUACACGGGCUCACAGAAAGCGUUAAACGCUCCUCCAGGAACAGCCCCGAUUUCAUUCAACGAAAGAGCAUGUCAGAAGAUGUUCAACAGGAAGACGAAACCUGUGUCCUACCUGCUGGACAUGACUCACCUGUCCAACUACUGGGGUAACGACGGGAAAGCUGCCCGCAUGUAUCAUCACACCGGCCCUGUGUCCGGAUUCUUCACCCUGAGAGAGAGUCUCGCUAUACUCACUGAGAAGGGCCUGGAGAACUCGUGGAGGCAGCACCGAGAGGUAGCAGAGUAUCUGUGGAAGGGGUUAGAAGAUCUCGGCCUUCAACUCUUCAUCAAGGACAAGGAUUUAAGGCUGCCGUCAGUCACCACCAUCACCAUCCCUGAAGGAUACGACUGGAAGGAGCUUCUAACCUACAUGAUGAAACACCACCAGAUGGAGAUGACGGGAGGUCUGGGGCCGUCCAUUGGCUUGGUGUUGCGAGUGGGGCUGAUGGGCUACAACUGCAGCACGUUUAACGCUGAUAAAGCUCUGGCAGCUCUGGCCGACGCCCUGAAACACUGCAAAAAACACAAGGCCUAGCGUCAGACACGUGACAGCAUCAGACUCCUCACUGGACUACAGGAUGACUGUAGAGACAACCAAUACGCCACAGUGUGAUUGAGUUCUUUACAAGUGCUGUAGCAAGGACAGUGUAAGCCUUCUGAGCGACCUGUUAAUAUCUUGUGGAAAUGUACAGUAAACUCUUCUCUUUUAGUAUUCUGUUUUUUAUUCAAAGUGACCAAUCCAAGCACUCGAGCCUACACAGCACCCAUCCAGGACGUGUCUGGGGGGUGGGGCUUAGAUCAGCACCCAUCCUGGGCAUGUCUGGGGGGCCGGGGUUCGGAUCAGCACCCAUCCUAGGCGUGUCUGGGGGGCGGGGCUUAGAAGAAAGUUGAUCUGUUUGUUUCUUCCUUUGGCACCAGUGAGGAAGAACAAAGGUUUUGGAAGCACAGCAUGUCAUCAUUCAGGAACAUCUGGAAAUGUCAAGUUUUUUUUUUUUUUGCUGUGUUCUCAGUGUUUCUUUCGCACCACUGAACAAAAUUUAAACCUCUAGACCCAGAGCCAAGUGCUAGAGGAGACAUAUGCUGCCUUUUUGUCCAACAUUUAUAGCAGGCUUAUUCUCACUGUUAUAACAGAUAUAAUGUGUUACUGAAGCAUGAAAUAAAUUUGUCUGAGCUAAACGGUG